UAGUAGAAAGCUGGAGAAAGGCAGAGGCUGGCCAGCUGCAUGUGCCACACUCAUCACAGGACGUGGAGUUAAGAGGAGGACUCCUAACCGAUAAAAUGACAGAAGACAAGCACCCCUGCUCACCAUUGGCAUGGUGACUAGUUGGAUUGUUAAAAUAAGAAGAAAGGAACUAUAUGAUUGUCUGGUGGGGGCAGGAGGACAGAGCCAGCAGAGAGCAGAAGCCCAGGGAUGGAGUGGGAAGGGCAGUCACUAAGACACCAAGUGCUUGGACAUUCUGCUACAGGAAGAAAAGGAGAUGCAGGGAUGAAACUGGAUCACCGGGACCUUGGUUCUCACUGUCUUCACCGCUACACUCAGCUCCUUCCAGUUUGGAUAUGACAUUGGCGUGAUCAAUGCACCUCAAGAGAUAAUAAUAUCCCAUUAUGCAUACGUUUUGGGUAUUCCACUGGAUGACCGAAAAGCUAUCAACAACUAUACUAUCAACAGUACAAAGGAACUGCCCACAACCCCAUGCCUAAUGGAUUCAAUACCAACCCCUUUGGCAGAGGAAGAGACUACAGCAUCUUCGAACCUUGUCACCAUGCUCUGGUCCUUGUCUGUGUCUAGCUUUGCAAUUGGUGGAAUGAUUGCAUCAUUCUUCGGUGGAUGGCUAGGGGAUCGGAUUGGAAGAGUCAAAGCCAUGUUGGUAGCCAACAUUCUCUCAUUAGCUGGAGCUCUCCUGAUGGGGUUUUCAAAACUGGGACCAUCUCACAUUCUUAUAAUUUCAGGAAGAAGCUUAUCAGGACUCUACUGUGGACUAAUUUCAGGCUUGGUUCCAAUGUACAUUGGUGAAAUUGCUCCAACCACACUCAGAGGUGCUCUUGGUACCCUUCAUCAGCUGGCCAUUGUCACAGGCAUUCUUAUUAGUCAGAUUGUUGGCCUCAACUUUAUCCUGGGCAAUCAUGAGCGGUGGCAUAUCCUACUUGGUUUGUCUGGUGUGCCAGCCAUCAUCCAGUCUUUGCUGCUUCUUUUCUGUCCAGAAAGCCCCAGAUACCUUUACAUUAAGUUGGAUGAAGAAGUCAAAGCAAAGAAAAGCUUGAAAAGACUCAGAGGAGAUGCUGAUAUUACCAAAGACAUCACUGAGAUGAGAAAAGAAAAGGAAGAAGCAUCAAGUGAACAAGUAGUCUCCAUAAUUCAACUCUUCACCAAUUCCAGCUACAGACAGCCUAUUCUAGUGGCACUGAUGCUGCACUUGGCUCAGCAAUUUUCUGGAAUCAAUGGGAUCUUUUACUAUUCAACCAGCAUUUUCCAGACAGCUGGAAUCAGCCAACCUGUUUAUGCAACCAUUGGAGUUGGAACCAUCAACACGAUUUUCACUGCUGUGUCUGUAUUCCUUGUGGAGAAGGCAGGGCGACGCUCUCUGUUUCUCAUAGGAAUGAGUGGGAUGUUUGUGUGUGCCAUCUUCAUGUCCUUGGGACUUGUACUACUGAAUAAAUUGGCUUGGAUGAGUUAUGUGAGCAUGGUAGCCAUCUUCCUCUUUGUCAGUUUCUUUGAGAUCGGGCCUGGUCCCAUCCCCUGGUUCAUGGUGGCAGAGUUCUUCAGCCAAGGGCCACGGACUGCUGCUUUAGCAAUAGCUGCAUUCAGCAACUGGGCCUGCAAUUUCAUCAUCGCUCUGUGUUUCCAGUACGUUGCGAAGUUCUGUGGCCCUUAUGUGUUUUUCCUCUUUGCUGGAGUGAUCCUGGCCUUCACUUUGUUUACAUUUUUCAAAGUCCCAGAAACCAAAGGAAAAUCCUUUGAGGAAAUCGCAGCAGAGUUCCAAAAGAAGCGUGGCUUGGCCCAAAAGCCAAAAGCUACCGUGGAAAUGGAAUUCCUUGGAGCUACAGAGACUGUGUAAAGAUAACCUGUUUUGUUUUGUUUUGUUUUUUGACAAGAACAGAAACUGGAAGAAAGUUGUGUUUUUAAUGGACGAUUCUCUGAGAAUUUUAUAUCUACGUCUUGAAAGUAUUAUUCUUUAGAGAGCUUUUAUGGGCUCUUCUCAGAAAUGUCAUCAAAUAUUUCCAAAGAAAGUUGUUUUUGUUUUUUUUUUUUUUUAAGUUAGAGCAUCUAUUUUUGAUAGUAAGACUCUGUAAUUAAGUAAACUAAAAAGUUUCGCUCAUUUUACUACACCAAAGGGCAAGUACAUUGUAAUGUUCCUAGCUCUAUCCUUUAUAACAAGGUUCUCGUGAAGCGGAAGCAGUUUCAAUGUAUCAUGUUAUUGCUCCAUUAAGCAUGUGAUUGGAAACCUGAAGCUGCAACUCAUUUACAUUUGAACUCAUUACAUUUGAAUAUGAUUAUGUUGGCAUUUUCGUACCCACAGACCUCAUAUUAAAGAUUUGGCUAGUGGCAAUAAGGCUUAUGUUAAAAUUGGUAACUUUUCUAUUUCUCCCACUCACCAUUUUUCUUCUGUAUUAGAAUUUGUAUUUUGUUUAAAAUUUUAUUUUUCUGUAUUUUCAUGUGGAAUAGUUUAUUGAGUGUAUUAAGAUAUGUUCAUAAAGAAAAACUUUUUUUGGUAUGUUUACCAAAUAUUUUGGUACUUGGAAAAAAAAACCAAUUAAUUCCUUUGUUUGAUGACCAAAUGAUUUUUAUAAGAUUAAAGACUGAAAAGAUUUUACCAGUCA